CAAACAGUAUCAAGAUACGCUGGAUCUACUCUCUCGGAAAGCCGAAAGCUACGGCUUGCCCUCGAAGCCCGAGGAUCUCUCCGAGGAGCAGCAAGAUAUCCUGAAAGACCUUGAUCGCUCGCUCAUCAUGCGCUUUCAUCAUCCCGAGCCGCUCUCCCUCGGCAGGCUGAUCAUCGAUCUCGACACGUCGCCCGGCCUGUCUAAGACGCGGACGAACUUCCUCGCGCUAUGUACGGGGGAGAAAGGGAACUGUAAGAAUGCGCCCAACAAGAAGCUGCAUUACAAGGGGUGCCCGAUACACCGCGUCGCGAAGGGCUUCGUGAUGCAGGGCGGGGAUGUGUCGCGUGGGGAUGGAAGCGGAGGGGAGUCCAUCUAUGGCGCUAAGUUCGCCGACGAGAAACUCGGCCUCAAGAACAGAGCCGAAUACGGCAGUCUCGCGAUGGCGAACUCGGGCAAGAACAGCAACUCGUCGCAGUUCUUCAUCGUCACGACGGAAGACCCGUCAAAGCUGGCGAAGCUCACGGGGAAGUACGUGGUCUUCGGGAAGGUGAGGUUGGACGGAGAGGAGGGUACGACGGCGCGGAGGGUAUUGGAGAAGGUGGAUGGGCUGGCGGUGGGGGAUGGGAAGCCGAGUGUGCCGGUUUGGGUUGGGGAUUGCGGCGUGCUUUAAGCAGGCUAUGCCGCUUCACGCUCGUCAGCAUAGUGAUGAAGAGAUUGAGUUGUAUUCGCAGCGUAUCCCGAGCGCUCUUCUAAUAUUCCACCCCUUCCGUUGAACGUAUCAUUGCCUCC